AGGGUAGUUCUACGCGCUCUUUGGACUAGGCCCGUCCCUCAUUGAAAGCAAGUGGGAGGGAGACUCACUGGGGAAACACGGGCUUGCUGCGUCGGUCCAACUCUGACGGGUUGGGGUAUAAAGUACAGUCGGAUUAGACACGCCAAACGGACGGAGAUGUGAGAAAUACAAGCCAUACCACGGCCGUUCAUAAAUCGGAAAAGUCGGGCGAUACCAGCCUAGGAUUGUUUUCUACGCUUCGGUGAAAAAAAGGGAAAGAUCUAUCGUCACUUCUUUUUUUACCUAAGGGUGUUACACUCGACCCGUGUGAUCUAAUUCGAUUAGGCAAAUAUUGUGAUCGUUUUCAAAUUGUAUCCGACCUCACAUUAUAGCUGUGUUUGCCUUCUCCCGGUGGCUGUUUCAUUACGGUUUGAUUAUCAUCUGUUAGUUGGUACGUGCCCAGAAGGGAAUCUGUUCUUCACAAACACAUACACCAAAAUACGCCGCAAAAAACAUUGGAAUAAUUUACUUGGUUUUUAUUCCGAAGUAAGAAAAUGUGGGGUCGUCUGCAAUAAGAUAAUGACAGCAACACAUCUAUACAGGAAUGUCAACUCGUAAGAGGAAUGCGGAAGGAGAGUUUUUAAUUCGGAGACUCUAGCUAAAGGUGUGGCGUGGGCAGGAGAAUGUAUUCAGCUUGCUGGGCAUGGAUUUCACUGCAUAUCACGGCAGCUGUAUUCCUGGGAAUGUUUCCCACCGGCCACGGAUUUGGGAAAAAAGACAAGGUCAAGUACAAGGUCAGUGCUCCGCCACUGGACAAGGAGCAUGUUCCGCAGAAAUGCUGGAAAUUUACGUUUGGAGACUGGGAGAACAUGGAGUUUUACAGCCCACUUUACCCUCAUAAUUACCCCAACAACACGGAGUGUGUCACCAUCUUAGUGGCUCCUGUUGGGUACAUGGUCGAGCUUGACUUUAGGGACCAUUUCAUGAUGGAGUCCGCCAAUGAUUGCCGAUAUGAUUUUCUAGAAGUCAGAGAUGGCCCCUAUGGAUACUCACCGCUGAUUGGACGAUACUGUGGAAGGACUUUUCCUCCGUGGAUUGAAUCAACAGGAAAUUACAUGUGGAUUCGUUUUAGAAGUGAUGAUAUUUUGCAGUAUUCAGGAUUUAGAGCAGUGUACAACUUCAAAGUAAAUCCUGCUUACGUCAAAAACGACAAUUCAACAGCUUUUUCAGUGUGUCGGAUUGAAAGGUCGAUAACAGAGGCUGAUACGGUUAUCUCAUACAAAGAUAUCCCCAGUAUAUUUACCUUGCAGACAGAAGGUCGCCCAUUAGAUUGUACUUGGGAAUUACGCGUUCCUCCGCACAGAAAGAUGCUGUUUGACUCCAGAAAUUUCCGCGUGAAAUCUCAAGAUGAUUGUGCCAAAAAUUUCCUGGAGAUAUACGAUGGGACGACGUCAGAACGGUCCAUGAAGAAACAGUACUGCGUGGCGACUGUAGUUCAGAGAAAGUCUGAAACUAACAGAGUCUUUAUUCGGAUUUACGGCAGGAGUGUCAACUAUAUGCCAAAGUUCAAAGCCAUUUUAACAACGUUUGUGUCAGGGAAGUGUAGUAACGAGUAUUUUGACUGUGGCUACAACAUGUGUAUUGACAAAGACCUUACCUGUAAUGAACGGCCGAAUUGUAAGGACGACUCGGACGAAGAAACAUGUAGUGCCUUAAACAAAGAAAACGAAGAGGACUCAAAACCCCCGACGCAUGCGAUAAUCUUGGGUGUGAUAGGCGGGUUGUUCUUUACCGUGGUAGCCAUAUCCAUUUGCGCUACCUGUAGUGCCAAGAGAAACGAGAAAAAGCGCAAAAAAGCCGUAAAAAAACAACAGGAUGCUGGUCAACCCGAGAACACUGUAGAAAUGGAGAACUUGUUGAAGCAAGGAACGUUGCCUAGGAACAUACCGAACGGGGUCUUGUUGAAAUGUGGUCACACCACGCCAACCGCUACGCCCCCAGAGCCGGCAAGCACCAGCGACCUUAGCACGGCGACGGUGGAGGUUCACUGUCCGCACCACACGCGGCCGGAGAGCUGCACCCCUGAGACCCCCCAUCAUCUGCCGGACAUGUUGGAUUAUACCGUGGAGUCCGGGCACUACAAGCGCUUCCCGCACAUGGACUAUUCAGGGUACCUGCCCGUUCCGGUUACGGAGAAACCACCCCACAGCCCCACCCACGCCCCACCAAGCCCCAUUUCUUCCAUCAAUAUCCCUGAACCGGAGUUCUUUAAAAAGUAUUAUCUCGCCAGCAGUAUUGAUAAGAGUCCUUACAUGCCGCCUCUACCAGCCAACCAGUUUCUAGGUGACCCGAAAUUGGUGGUGCCGCAAGAAGGCAGAAUGCGUUACUUAACUUUACCACGACUGAUGAAACCCUUGCAAGGGAAUGGGCAAGUUCCGGGUGAAAUUUGUGCCAGUUGUGAAAGCGGAGAGAUGCCGGAGGCCCCCGGACAACCGUACCCUUCUCGGAUCGCACCCCGGAAGAGUUACAUUAACCCGGAAAGGUUGUUAUCCACUGGUCCACCUCCAUCCGGGCGAUUCCAAAUCGGACGUCAUAACCAUCCACAAUCAUCGUAGUGGCGUCAUUCAUGACGUCAUUAUUUUAGCCGCGGUCGUUACCACUGUGACAUCUAGUCGGCGAAAUGCUCUUUCAGUAACUAAAAUCUAUGCAAAAUGGACGUGUAUUGCCAUCGCCUAUAUCCGUGCCAAAAACAUGUGAGGUUUGUCUUUUGAAUGUGUUGAGUUCAAUAGUACGAUUUUACUCUUCAUUGUUGUAUUAAUUAAAACCAAAUGUAUUGUUUAAAUAACAUGUCUCAAAAUCUCGCGAGAGUAAUUGCCUUGUUGAGAAAGUUUCACAUUGACUGUGAGGUAUAGGCCUAUAUAUUUACUCAUGCAUGUUGACUUGCAUACAAGCGUAGAGACGGAUAUGCCCUAUCUAGUUUUGAUAUUAUGGAAUAUUGUCGAGUUUAGAGUGCAGCCUACCGUUUAUCAGUGGGAUCGAAUGUAUGCACUCCAUGGACGGUCAUAGAAUGGACAGUAGCCGCAUUCAUUAUUUACUGCCUUUUGUUUUUUAUUUAUUUAUUUUUUUUUUUGACAAGUGAACAUGCCGACAAAGCUUCGUCAAAGCUGUCUAAAAAUCCCAUUUCUAUAGCAUCCCACCAUGCAACGAGGUCGAUCGGAAUUCACUGAAAUCGAGACUUUGCGCAUGCGAUACUGUGCAACCACUCUUGCCAUUUUCCCAGUUUUAUCAAUGAUAUAAUCUGAUUAAAUAGACAACAGUUUUGUAGACAUACGUAAGAGCUGGUUUCAGAAAGGUGCGGAUAAUGUCAUGAUGUAAAUAUAUAUGGAUUCUGUGUUAUCAUGCAUCAUGAAUGGGGCACGAAUGUGAAUAGCUGAGUCAAUGUAUAAUAUUUUGGAAAUCUCAUCUUUGCUAAGUUUUUAAUCAUAUGAUCAAGCUGCAUGUCUGCUUGUAUACAUACCAGUGUUAGAGACUUGGGAAGUGGAGAAAUGAAGUGCCUAUAAUUUGUUAACAAAACCGAUGUACUGAAAUAAAUUAUAUGUAAACCUAAGUAUACAACGACAAAACGUGAUUUGUUUGAGUGUAGAGCCAUGCUUUUAUAAUUCUGCCAACUGUAAAUGCUCCAGUUUGCUUCCGCAUCUUUGGCUUACAUUAUAUGCAGCGUCAUUUUGAAUUUGAUUGCCAUAAUUGUAAAAAUUUAUUUGUAUUUAUGCAUUUUUUCAUUGUUGACUUGAGUAAACAAAGCGCCAUUGUUUUAUACGCCUAUGAACAGCGUCAGUUGUAAGACGUUUGUGAUAACCAACAUAAUUUGAACUCAAAAAGAAUCGUAGCUUAAGUUGAUUGUAACUAUCAUACGCGUAUAU